AAAAAAAUUACAGAACGUACUUACUUGCUAGUUACAAAUGAUUUAGUGAAAUAAUUAGAAUAAUUAAAACAAAUAUUUUUUUUUACUGAAAAUUAAAAAUUACGUUGACGUUCUUGUGUGUUGUGUUGUUAUUUAUAGCUCAAGUUUGUGCUGAAAAAUGCUACAGAUAACUAGAAACAUAGCGCGAGUUUUACUUUCCACAUGUCAGUCUACAUCAGUAACACAGGUAGCUGGAUUGAAAGUCUUUUCUCCGCCAAAAGAAUACGGUGAAAUUGAAUUUCCUGAGCGACCAAAACUCAAAAUAAUGGAGAAGGUUCCUCAAUAUCCAGCGGGAAUGCGUCCUCCCAAAAUGCAAAGGCGACUAAGAUACAUGAGAGGUCCAGAAGAAGUGCACAAUUUUCUCUUGUAUAGACAAUACGGUAUUAUUGCUACAGGUGGAGGUAGAUUAAAACAUGGUCACUUUGAGAUGAUACGUCUAACACUUGGGAGAAAGCUUAAGCCAAAUAUGUUUGCAAUUUGGCGUGUGCACCCACCAUGGCAACCUGUUACAAAGAAGGGACAAGGUCAGCGAAUGGGUGGUGGCAAAGGUUCUAUCGAUCACUAUGUCACUCCUGUGAAAGCGGGACGAGUCAUCAUAGAAGUAGGUGGUCGUUGUGAAUUCUUUGAGGUGGAAAAAGUGUUGACGCAAAUAGCAAAUAUAUUACCAUUUAAAGCCAAGGCUAUUAAUCAAGAAGACUUGGAUAAGGAAGCGGCCAGAAAGAAAUGGAAGGAAGAGAACAAUUUGCAUCCUUGGACAUGGAAAUAUAUGGUUCAGAAUAACAUGCUUGGUUGUCAAAGAUGGAUUUCGCCAGUUGAUAAAUACUGGUUUAACAAGUAUCUAUAAUAAAUAAAAAAAUAAAAAAGAUGCUAUGAAA